GAAUCGUUACAUCCGUGAACGUAUCACUCGUCACGUAAAAGUCUGUAUUUCGUAUUAUGACAUACGUGAUCGUAACGCUUAUAUACGUGAUCGUAACGCUUCUAUCGUAAUCUGGCAUGAUGACACACGCGAACGAGUAUAUAAACGUAUCCGUUCGUUCGAACUGUCACUCGAACGCAAACUACCGAUCGUAACAGACGAAUUAUUUAAAAAUGUGAGUAUUUGGUAAAUUUUAAAUUUAAAAUUUUUAAUAAUAAAUCUAUUUUAGGACAAAUUAUAAUAAGCUAAAUCCUAAACAAAAAGAUGUGAUGGCGGAAUUCAUGUCAAGCCAUCCAUGUUUGGCAAAAAAUAACCUUCCAAACUCUGCGCAAGGAAGAAUUGCAUCCAACAAAUUAUGGGAGGAACUGGCGAAGCAGCUUUAUGCCGUGGGGCCACCAGUUAAAGAUGCUAAGUUGUGGAGGAAGGUUUUUGCUGAUCAAAAAUAUCAAGCAAAAAAAAAAACUUUCCUUCAAUAAGGCAUCAAAGCAGCGAACUGGUGGAGGGCCCUAUAAUGAAAAGUUGAUCACUGCGACGGACGAACUGCUAAUUGAAGCAGCUGGACUCGAAGCUUGCGUAGAAGGCAUAACAAAUGUUUCUGCAUUUGGAAAUAACCCAACUACGCAAGCUUCGACGUUUAUCGUUAACUGUGAUAGCAGUGAUGAGGAGGCAAGCCCUUUCCCCAGCUCCUUACCAGGCCCAACAACUUCCACACAGUCGCUACUCGCUACAACAAUACCAACAGAAAAAACUCCACGCACACCGAGGAGAAAAAGUAGGAGUGACGAGAAGUUGGAGUUACUUCAACAAAACAUGAAGUCGCUAUCGGCUUUUCAAAAAGGCAUAGACCAGAAGCUUGAUAGGUUAGUAGCAGCACAAGAAAAAAUGCUGGCACUACAGGAAAAGCUGGUUGCCAUUAAGUUGGAAAAGCACCGCAUCCAACAAUCAACAAGGGAAAUAGACCACGAGAUAAAAAAAUUGGAGCUCGAAACCUUACGAAGGAAUUUAUUAUAAAACUUGGUACAUUGAUGUAAAUAUUUUUAGUUUUAAGCAUUUAAUGAA